UUAAGAUUCAAUUGUACGGGAUUAUAAGGUAUCUGCCCCUUUAAGAAAGAACAGGAAGGGGACCCGGAGUAAAAGGAAGUCGAAUCGACACAAGACUCGACACUCGCUGUCGGAAUCAAACUGAAAAGAAUCCCGUCUGCUGGUCCCAGGACAGCGAGCCACCUGGUUUCCGGUCCAGGAGACCCCAUGAGAAGCAGGGAGGGCAGGGAACCGCGCACGCUUCAGCAUGGCUUCUGUCGACGAGGCUUCAGAAAAGCACUGCUGGGUCUGCUUUGCUACAGAGCGUGAGGACCGGGUUGCAGAGUGGGUGAGCCCUUGCCGGUGUAAAGGCUGCACCAAGUGGAUCCACCAGGCCUGCCUGCAGCGCUGGCUGGACGAGAAGCAGAAAGGCAACGGGGCCGGAGGGGUCAGCUGUCCGCAGUGCGGGACGGAGUACAGGAUCGUCUUCCCCAAACUGGGCCCGUUGGUGUACUUCCUCCAGCAAGUGGACCGAGCUCUGUCCAGAAUCAGUCCCUUCGCAGCGGCCGGAGUGGUUGUAGGCACUGUGUACUGGUCAGCUGUGACAUACGGAGCGGUCACUGUAAUGCAGGUGGUGGGUCACAAGAAGGGUCUGGAUGUGAUGGAGCGGGCUGACCCCCUCUUUCUGCUCAUGGGGCUCCCCACCAUCCCUGUCAUGCUAGUCCUGGGCAAGAUGAUCCGCUGGGAGGACUACCUGCUGCGACUCUGGCAGAAGCACUCGGGCAAGCUGCAGCUGCUCAGCGGCCUCGUGCCAGGUAUCGGACGUCCUGUGCCGCGGGUCCCAGCUGAGGUGGGCGGAGGCUAUGCCAGCGACCACCUGUCCGUGUCUCGCACCCUGUGCGGCGCCCUGGUCUUCCCCUCCGUCGCCAGCCUGGUAGGGAGGCUCCUUUUCCGAAGAGUGCCGUCCAAUCUGCAGCGCACCGUGCUGGGUGGGAUCGCCUUCAUCGCUAUCAAAGGAGCUCUGAAGGUUUAUUACAAGCAGCAGCAGUACCUGAUCCAGGCAAACCGGCACAUCCUGAACUACUCCGAGAAAGAGGGAGGGGCGCGGGGGGGGCAGGAGGAGGAGGAGCUGGGAGAGAACGAGGACAGCGGCACCGAAUAGCCGCGCUGUCCCCCCACCCUGCCAGCUGAUGUCUGUGCCAAUAGAAAUCAUUGCAAAUAGACCAGUAUUUAUUUAACCCACUUAUUUUUUUUUUUUUUUGGGCAUAGUUUUAACUUGAAUGUGUCGUCCCCCCCCCCCCCCAUCUGUUAGUCCAUUUGUCCACACGGGUGUCUCAACAGUUUUACAGACAUCUACAGAACCGCUGAUCCACCUGUAAUGGAAGUUGGACGUUCUUUAGCGUAGGCGUUGCUGGGUGCAUCCGAAUCUGGGUGCAUGUGGAGUCUCUGCCUGUCUGAUUGUCUUUCUGUAAGUCAGGCUUAGAUUUUUAUACCCUGCAGAGCUGUAUGCAUCCAACAGUUAUCUGUCUGGAAAGAUGCUUCGUACAGAAAGUGGUGAUGUGAGCUGGAUGUACUACCCACUGUAACCACUAGGGGGAGCCAAGAUACCAAAGGUCACUGUUCUAUUAGGAGAGGGAUUGUCUCUGUGUGCAUUGCAAGGACUUGGUGUCCUCACAACUAUAGUGCCUGUGUCACUUCUUCACAAGGUUUAUUUUUUAACUUUUAAAGUUUUUAAUGCUUGCAUAGGACGGUGGUGAUCCAUGAACACGUGGAAUUUGCAUCAGUAUAGCUACACUCUAAUGGGAAGACCUCAAAAGCUAUAGGUGUCAGAGAAUGUAAACUUUAUAUUGCCCUUCUUUAAAAACAUAUGUGUGUAUAUAUAUAUCUAUAUUUUGUUGAAACACAGAGCUGAAAUAAAUUUCAGUUUUGGGUGUUCCAUA